CCUACAAUGGCGGACGGUGAACAUCUUGAACAUCGUACUACUCAUCGUCCUUGAUCUGCACCUUCAGCAUGGGAAAAGAAAAGGCAGGAGCGUUAACUCCAAAAGCCAUAUCAAAUAGGAUCAAGGCGAAAGGACUGCAGAAGUUGAGAUGGUAUUGUCAAAUGUGCCAAAAACAAUGUCGAGACGAGGUAUAAGUGAAGCUUACAUUGUUUGAAUAUUAAAAUUGAAAGCUUCCGUCUAAAAUUCCGCAAACUCUCCACACAUAACAGCUUUCUUGUGCAAUUUUUCCUCUUGUUCUUAUUCGUUAUAAAUCAAACACCAGCAUGAAUAAAGUACGAGUCGUAAAAUGGAUGGGUGAAAUGGUGUAGAGUAGUGCUGUGUGGAAUUGAAACAAUCAAGCAGUUACUCAGCUUAAACUUCGAUUAGACCUCAAUCACUUAUCUUUUUAUGUGCAUCUGCUGAACACCCGGGGGACCCUUUAAGAAAAAGGCAGGAAUUAAGGCUUGUUGAAAAAUUAGAAUUAAUUUAAAUAGGAUUUUUUAAUGACCCCAUAAAGAAGUUGUCAUUGAAAUGUUCCUUUUUUUUCUUCUGCUUUUUGUAAUGCUUAAAGCACACCCCGGGGGUACUACCAUAUAUGGGCUAUAUGGGUAUGUACCGCUGUGAAGGGUAUGGUUUUCAAGCAGUUUACUCUAGGAUAGGGUAUAUAAAUCAGAGCGUUUGGGUCUAGAAUAGGGUAUCAUUCUUCGGGAAACUGAUCAGUUGGUUGAAGAUUUUAUCUAGACUGGGGAAACAGUUACUCUAGGAUAGGGGGAUUUGGGAGUUUACUCUAGUGUAGGGUAGCAAAAUUCAGCUGAACUAGCUCUGGUAUAGGUCAAGGGUUCCAGGGUCCCAGCGGCACAUCCCCACCCAGAAAUUCCUAAAGUGCCCCCCCUGGGAAGCACACACACACACACAGUGUGCAGUGUACAGUGUGCUUAAGACUACUGGCAUUUUGACCUGAGGGCUCUAUGCAAUAUUGGCAUGUUAAUCUGAACACCCUUAUUAAUUCAAAAAUGUGCAAUUUACACCCUGAAACAAAAUGAUGAGCAUCAAGGAAAUUUCCUUUCCCUUCCCCCCCCCCCAGAUUCAUGUCACUUCUUAUAGCUUUUUAAGGGAGACGGUGCAUUUGAUUCAGUGCUUUGCAGGUAUAAUUUUCUUAUCUCAAGUGUCACUGUUAAGUCAGUUUAGAGUUUGUUGCUUCUUCACUUUUGUCAGUGCUUUAUGUAUUGCAAUCGUAUUAUAAAGCUCUUUUUCUCAUUCUUUUGGAAUGAUCAGAAUGGCUUCAAAUGUCACACCAUGUCCGAGUCACACCAGCGUCAGCUGCUGUUGUUAGCUGAAGAUGUUGAUAAGUACAUGGAUAGUUUCUCCAGGUAGGUCCAGCAAAGUGUUACUCAGAAAAUGUGCCCUCAGCUUAUAUUUGUUUUAAAGGAAGUUUGUGUACACUGUAUCAUAAACUGCCACUUAUAACCCCAUGCCUCCCCCCCUCUGGUUAUAGGUCCAUCUAUACCUGUAAAUAAAAAUUACAUCAAAUUAUAAGCCCCCUGGAUAUAAGAUCUCCUCUAAUCUAGCUUGUAUUGAAAUUAAUUGAUUUAUUUCAGUUGAAAUGCUUAAUUAAAAUCCACUAAAUCCAAAACACAUUAUAAUCAGUACCACUCUAGAUUGAUUCAAAGCCUUUUUGGCUCUCCUGUUGUAAUCUUCCUCACAUAUGAGCCCCUCCAUUGAUAAGCCCUCCUUAAACACCUUAUGACGAUGUACAGAUGAAAAAGCCUUGGGCUUAUAAGUGGCAGAAGUUAUAAACGCUGUAUGUAUCGUGUCACCCAUUAUCCAGUUUUUAUCUUUCAGAGAAUUUCAAGACGAAUUUCUGAAACUUCUUAAGAGACAGUUUGGUAUGUGACUGGUUAUUUUUAUUAACAUUACAAAUAUGCAGAUAGUCUUGGAUUAGCCAGAGAUUAGGAUGCAUGUAAUUUGGCUUGAACAGCACCAAGUUAAUAUAUUGUUUUUUGCUAACCCUACUUACUGAAACGUUCAAGGUUUUCGUUAAUAAGCAUUGACUAAGUCAUCUGAAGUUAACUUAGACUGGUCAUGUUGGUGUUUUGGCUUACUGUCAAUCUCUUGUUUUUCAGGGACUCGCAGGGUGCGUGCAAAUCAAGUUUAUCAGGAUUACAUCAGUGAUAGACAUCACACUCAUAUGAAUUCAACACAGGUCAGUAUUAUUUGCUUAUUGGAUUAAUUAAAGGCAUGCCUGGUAAAAACACUCCAAGUGACUACUGAUAAACUGCAAGACUCUCCUUCCAAUUACUUGUCUCACAAAGGAGAAUUUGACAUUUGAUCUAGAUUCACUGAAGCCCUUUUUUAUUGCACCUAUCUGAUGGUCUACUCUAGACAUGAACACUGACUCUUAAUAAUGGCGUAUAUUUAUUAUUGUUCUUGUACAGUGGGAAACUCUAACUGACUUUGUAAAGUGGCUCGGAAAAGAAGGUAAUUAAUGGCAUGUUUUAAGUUUUUUAUAUAGGAACAGGGUUUGUGCAGAUCAUGGAAAAUGUAGAAAGUCAUGGAAUUUAAGAAUUUCAUUUUCCAGGCCUGGAAGGUCAUGGAAUUUAAUUAUCGGUGCAAGAAAGUCAUGGAAAAUCAAAGUUUUGUUUGGUAGAUUAUAUUAUUUAUAUUAGUUAUAUUAUCAUUAGAGUCAUUUGUUUCUGUUGAACUGUUUAAGGUCAAAAAAUGUGCUAAAACAAAGAAAGUUUUGUAAAUUUUUGAAAUAAAAACUAAGCCGAGGGUCAUGGAAAACUUAAAGAGGUCAUGGAAAAAGUCAUAGAAAGCUAUGGAAUUUGAAGGGCUCAAAAGAGUAUGAACCCUGAAGAAGGUAUAUGUACUGUCCCUGAGUCUCUUACUGCCUUUGUAUGCACAGGACAUUGCAAGGUGGAUGAGACAGAGAAGGGAUGGUUUAUAGCUUAUAUUGACAGAGAUCCUGAAACUAUUGAAAGACAAAAGGUAAGAAAAGUUGUGAUCAUGCAGCAUUUGGUAGUUAAAGUUAUGUUUAUUUAAUAGACCUUAUUCACUAUAGCUGCCAGAUAUUUGCACACACACUUAUAAAUUUUUGAUUGAUGGGAUAAAAGCAAUGUCACGUGGUAUUUCACAGUGGAGAGGGCAAACAAUUAUUAUUAAUAAGGUAUUUAUUGUUGUAACAUGUUGGAGAGCUUUAUUCCAACAUUCUUUUAGAGCACUUAUGUUUCCCUUCAGCUCAUCACACUGUCUAUGAACUUUUGCUUUGCCUUUAAAUGUAGAUAAAAUGAUUUGUUUUUUUAAAUUAGGCGGCUGCAGCAAAGGAAAAAAUGGAUAUGGAUGAUGAGGAAAGACAUGGUAAGAAAUUUUUUUUUGUAUGUGUAAGAUGAACUUGGUUUUUAUUGAUUUUUAUUGUUGUCGCUGAUGUUGAUUUGAUUUAGUGUUGUUGGUUUUUCUGUUGUCUUUCUUAUCUCAAAAUCUCUCUAAUUAGUGUUAUACAUGACCUUAUAUUAGGAUCAAUGAUGUAAUUGUUAUUUUUGUUUGUAUUAGCCAAGCAACUUGAAAGGCAAAUUGAGAGGGAGAAAGCAAGAAAAGUCAAUGAGGUGAUUUUUUUUCUUUAAUUUUUGCUAUGUUGUCUAGAUCUAUUGUCUUGUCUAUUGCUUAAUCUUCCUAUUGUCCAUGUCUUCAGUUGUAGACACAGGCCUGUCAAUAUUCCCCUGCAAACACAGCUAGGGUUUUUCAUCACUAGUAACACUGCUUAGGUGUCACUAUCACUAGUGUAACAUAUAUAUAUAUAUAUGUAGACUAUGUGGGGAGUAGUGAUGUAAAAGUUUUUUCUUUCCAGGCUGAGAGUGUUUUUACUGCACUAAAACGUGAAAAUGAAGAGGAAAAAGGUUUGUAAAGGAAGAUCUCUAUUUUUUGAGAUUUAGGUCACAAUCAGCAACAAAAUAGUUUAAUCACUUUUGUCAAUAGGGUAAAGUUUGGGAAAAACAAUCUGAAACCCUCCCCCACCCCUCAAUCACUUUUGAAUAAUUUGUUUUUGCAUCCUGGGGGGGAGGGAAGAGUUGCUCUUUUCCUGUUUGAAGUGGAAUAGUCUGCAAAAUGCAAGAAAAGCUGAGGAUGUAAUUAUAGUGUCUCAACUAAUUAUUUGUUUUGUUGUUGACUGUAGAUUUAGAUAUGAAACCCAUUUAGACAUAAACCACUACAUUGUAGGGGGGAUAUAAGAAUUUCUUUAGUGAAUAUUUAACAAAUUAAAAUUAAUAAAGAAAAUGGUAUUAAACAUGCAAUUGUUAUGCUCUUUCUAGUAACCUUUGCUAUGCCAGCUGGUAAAAAGAAAGAACCUUUACCUGGACCUAGCAGGUGUGUGUAAAUAAUAUUAUUGUUAGGCUGUUUUGUUAUGCUCAUCCAAUUAUUAAUUUAUUUGUAAAAUGAAUGUGAAUAUUUGAGAUGAAUCACAAAGAGUUUUAAAAAAGUAAUGUUAGCCUAAGAAAACAGCCAAAAGUUUGCAAUACCACACUGGUUUCCCUACAAAAUGACAUGUAUCUGAUGAAAGACUGCAGAAAGUCCAUACUAAUGAUGUGUCAAAGCUACCCAGCUCUGGGUAGUGCACAUGCUUCCUGAUUGGUUGAAAAUUUGCUUCAACUAUUCAGGAGUACUACCCAGACCUGCCUUGUUGGCACAUCCCGAUCAUCAGUAUGGAAAUUCUAUGCUCAUUCCUCAGAGCUCAUUUCAAGGGGGUUACCACUGAUGGUGUCAUGAAAUGUUAUCUCAAAGAAGUUGACAAUGAUACAAUGUUAUUGUUCAACUCCAUCCAUUUUAGUCUUGAAACCCUUUUUAGGGAACAUCAAGGACAUUAAUAGUGCCCCCAUUUUUGCCAUGACGACCAUGAUCAUUUUUAUGGGGGUGUAUCUCAAGACCCACACCCUGCUGCUCACAGCACUUUAAACUGACUCUUCUUUUGUUGUUUUCUUCCUUUCAAAACCAUCUAUGGAUAUUAUGCAAAAGAUCUGCUAGGGUUGGUUACCUUUUCAGAAGAGAAAACUUGGGGAGCGAGCAUGGCUUAUUCUUGGCUGCAAUAUUGCAGGAUUUUCUUUUUUCUUUUUACGGUUUUAGUGUGGGGCCCAUGUAUCCCUCAUUACCCAGUUCCUAUCCUAAUGAUAAACCAUGGGAAAUAUUCACUGAUUAUCCAUAGUACUUUCCAAUCUUAUUUUCCGGCCCAUGCUCUGCUGCGUAAAAGGACAAUUCCCACAGUGAGACAAACAGUUAACAAACAUAUCAUCAAACUUUCCUUUUGGUUAAAUUUCAGAAUAGAUGAGUCAAAUCCUUCAUCUCUACAGAAUCCCUUAGCCUCUCUAAGCUCUUCACAAAAGGAGAAGAAAAUGGAUAAAGAGAAAACAAAAGAAAGGUACCUAGUAUUGGCUCCCUAGCUUUUCUCUCACUAGUCAAUUCUUGCCAAUUCUUAAAUUUCACUCCAUAAUGUUGAAAAACAUGAAAUAAAGUAUCAGUAAGUGAAAAAAUUUCCCAUUCAGAUGCAUGAUUGCUCUACUGUAAUUCUUUCUGCAGUUUAAAACGAAAAUCAGCUUUGGAAGAAAUCAUGGAAGUGAGUGUUUUUGUUUGGUCAUCUGACUUUUGAUUUGCUAUUACUGACAAUAACUUCGUUUUAGUUAUUACGAUCAGGAAUGCCACUAAUAUUUUACAUUAAUAAAACAAUCUUUCUUUCAAGCACUCUUUUUGUAAUAAUUAUAAUAAUAAUAAUAAUCACAGUUUUUUUUUCUCGACAGAUGCAAGAACAGGAAAAGAUGAAAGCCAGCCGCAAAAGUAACUGGAUAGCAAAGGUACCCUAGAGACUCAAACCCCCAAUCCCCCACCUUCCCCUCCCUUGGGAAUUUCAAGGUAGAAAUUUUUUUCCAUCAGAUUAAGAUUGCAAACUAUUUGUGCUGUUUUGUUUUUCCAGACUUCCAAAUGCAUUAAUUUUUGCCACAUCCGAUUUCAGUACAGUUUUCAGCACACUUGAGUUUGAUUUUUUAUACCUCAUCUGAAUCUGAAGCACUGAGGAUAUUUUGUUUUAAUUAAGUGCCUUCUUAGCUGUUAUUCCUUCCUUUACAGGGACUUAUAGUCAAAGUUGUAACCAAAAAACUUGGUGAUAAAUACUACAAAAAGAAAGGAACAGUCAAGGUAUGUGUUUGGUUUAAAAAGAAACACACGUAGAUGAAAUAAAACAAAGCCACAAUUUUCCUUCUCUUUUCCCUCUUCAUUAAGUCACUACAGUGAAGAUCCCCCGUCCCAUCCUACCCCCAAAUGCAAAUACCCAAUCUUGCACUCACUUUUGUUCAUUAGAUUCCUGAAUCUUGGGUUCCAAGAAGGAGAUUCUGAGAAACAUUUUGGGGCUCCUACUUCUUAAAUGGAUUAUUGUCCAUAAAAAGAAAGAAAUGAAAAACACUUUCUGAGGACAGGACAGAAUUAAUAUUAAUGUCGUGUAUUAUUAUGUUUCGUUUUUUUAAUCGCAGGAUAUUCAGAACUUAUUCGUCGCUGUUGUAAAGAUGUCAGAUAGUGGAGAUGUGAUUAAAGUUGAUCAGGAUCACCUAGAAACAGUUAUCCCAGCUUUUGGUAAGUGUGAAUUAUAAUACACUAGUGUAGCAUUAAAAAAACAAGCUGACAUUUUGCGAAUGACUCCAGAAAUUCAAUAUUGACGUUGUGUCACUAUUAAACCAGAUCUGGGUAGUACAGUGUACUUCUGACUGGUUAAAGCAAAUUUCCCAUGUGGCACGACCAAUCAGGAGCACUACCCAGAUUUGGGAAAUGAUCGUCAGUAUGGGAUUUCCACACUCAUCCCUCAGAUGUCAUUUUGCAAUGAAAUUAUUGGUGAUGACAUUGCAAAAUGGCGCCUUUUUUCUCAGGCUUAAUAAUUAUAGUGCUCUACUUUUAAGAGCCUAGACUGGUUCACUAUGAAAAAAUCAUUUUGAUUGCUGUCCUAGAAUUCUCCAAGGCUUGCACAAAACCUGCUUUUACUAGGAUUAUCUUGCUUUGAUUUUAAAGGAGAGGAGUCAGGCUACAGCUAGAGUGGUAGUGAAAUUUUCAAUGUUAUUCCUGGUCCAUCAUACAAUGUAGAUUCACUCCAAGACAGCUUAUGAGUCAGUACAGGUGAAAGAGUAACUUGAGUCACAAUUUUCUUCAAAGCAAACUAUGCUUUAAAGGAUGUACUGUAAGAAUGUAUACUGAUUUAUUUUUCUAUGAAAUCUUGAGAGACGCAAAUUGUCACAACUUGUAACGAAGUGCUUACUAGCAAAACUUGUGAAUGGAUUUUCAGGUAAAACUGUACUGAUUGUAAAUGGCAUCCACAGAGGAUCAAAAGCAUCACUUGUAUCACUGGAUGAAAAAAGCUUUUCAGUUACAGUGGAUCUUAAAGAUGUAAGUCAGAUUUGUCUCCUGUUAACAAGACUUCCCUUCCUUGCAAGAUAGAAUGAUGAAAUUACGCUUUCCUUAUGUCAUCUUGGCCUGCAAAGAGUGGAGGAGAGGAGAGGAAAAUCACUGCGUGAUAAUGCAAGGCCUCUCGCCUGCUCCUUACCUGAUUUCCCUUUCCUUAAUUGUCUCCUAGACACUGGACUCUUUAGCUAAUGACAGUCAAAGGUGCUUCAAAGAUCAAGUUGUUUUUUAUUACUGACGUUUAAUUCAAAUAAAUGUUAUAAAACCUUGAAGAAUCUCCUCAGAUAAAUCUUAUGUUCUAACACAAUAUGUUUCAUGAAAUGAACACACUGACUAGAAUAAAAUAUUUUCUUUUUAAUAUUAUUAAGUUUCAUCUCCCAAGUUAAAUAUGGUGAGGUAAAUUAACUCAUCUCCAUUUUCUACUCCACAUUUCUCUUCCUUUGAAGUGGCUAGACUGGAUUCAAGGCUGCUGCUUCCGUCCACUCCCCCGCUCCCCCAACCCCCUCCCGCACCUUUAAAUGUUAUUUUCCUUUGUUUUUGGAUAUAGUAAUGAGUCUGAAACAGAAGACAAUAAAAUUGAACCACGACCAGAACAGCAAUAUUACUAACUGAGUGUUGAAUUCACUACUGAUAGUAGGUUACACAAUGCCUUUUGUUAUUGUGUUUCCUCAGGGACCUCACAGGGGCAAGAGAAUUGAUAGAAUUCCUUAUGAGGACAUCUGCAAAUUGGAUACGUGA